AGGAGGAGAAUCCAAUCCGGUUUGAGCAGGUUUUUGUUUCGGACGAGCGUUAACGUCUUCCUAUACUGUGAUCAAACCUACUGUGUGAGUCUUUACCGAGCUCAACACACAGUGUCGACUGUUUUUUCAGCGUUAAAACCGUGCAUUUUGCGUUUUGUGCGCGUUGAGAAGAUCUACAGCCAUGCCUAAAAGGAGCAAAGCGAACAAUGAUGCUGAAGUCUCUGAGCCUAAAAGAAGGUCAGAGAGGUUGGUAAACAAACCUGCACCCCCAAAGGCAGAGCCCAAGCCAAAGAAGGCGCCUGCCAAACCUAAGAAAACAAAGGAACCCAAGGAGCCCAAGGAGGAGGAGAAGAAAGAGGAGGUGCCCGCAGAAAACGGAGAAACAAAAGCUGACGAUGAUGCAUCGGCAACAGAAGACGGCGACAAGAAAGAAGACGGGGAAUAACUCUGCUGAGGUCUCAUCUUUUACCAGCACUCCCUGUACCUCUUUUCUUGUACAAUUCAGGGGAAUAUUUUUAUCUACUAUUUUCUAAAGGCAGGUUUUUUAGUAGUUUGAUUGUAGAGACACAUUUUUUAUGGAAGAAAAAGAAACAUUUUGAAAGUGAUCUCAUCAUAUCCAGCAUUUUUACAUUGGGCAGAAAAAAAAACUACCAUCAUCGUAAAUGUCGACAGGCGUAUUUUUCCCUCCUCCUCUCCGUUCUUGCUUUCAAAGCAAGGUUUUGAGGUAGAGGGGUAAGUUUUUUUGGGCAUGUCGUUUACACAGACAGCUGGACAUCUUAUCAAGCUUGUCCGAAUGACUAACAUUCCAUUGGCUCUAUGAGGGAUUUUGGUUUUUAUUUUGGUUUCCCCCCCUGUUUUUUUGUGUGUGUGUGUAACCUGUAAUGUGUGUUUGGGGAGGGGCGGAGGGAGGGGGUGGGCAAAUAACUCAUUGUUUAUUGUUUAUAAAGCGAAAGAUUACUUGUAGAACGUUUGUAAGCUGUGUUUCAUAUGUUAACUGCGGUUCUCCAUAAUCAUUUCUGCUAAAUAAACAUAUUCUCUAGUACUGGAGUUCAUGUCAGGCCUGUGCUUCGUGUGUAUUGAUUUUGUCUCUUCUGUGAUAGUACCGCAAUAAAUUUGUAAAACUGCUGUGAAAAAAAAAAUCAAAUAAAAGACGGUUUUGUGGGCUUUGAGUCCAGUUUGUGUUAUGGUACCGAUAACAGACAUGGGGUGAAUAUCUGCAAACUCUAAAUAUCCAAAAUGCAUUAUUAAAAAGGAUAAUUGGAGAUGAAUGAUGAUGAUGAUGAGGAGUCUUUACUUGUAAGAUCUCUUUAGUUGUAAAGCGUUCUGACCAGCAGUAGCAAUAUUUUUGUGGGACUUAGAGUAUAAAUGUACAGUUUCUUUUGAUUAUUGUUUAUAGAUGUAUCUCUGUGUGUUAUGGUUCGAUAAAACAAACCAAUAAAAUCAGUUGUGAUA